ACACUCAAUAAUUUCUCCAUCAACACCUCCCCCAGGAGAGGAAAAAAAAGGAAAAAACAGAAGAAAGGUUCCUUUAGCGCCAUUUCUUUAAUGCAGAUCCGACAUCGAAAUUGUUAAAUGGUCCAUUCAUUAGCAUCAUUUUAACCUACAUUUUCAUUUCUUAAUUUCCAAGACUUGUAUUGUAUAGUAUAUAUAUAAACAUUUCAAGUAGUUCUUUUCAUCAAUCACUCUAUAUUCAUAUUCUUCCUUUCUUUACACUCUGUCUUCUUCUUCCCUUUUAUUAAUGGCUAGCAGCUCUGAAAUCGCCUGAAGUUUCAUGGCUUCUUUUUCUGUCGUUUGAUCUUUCCCCAUUUGAAGAAGUUUUUAGAAAUGGGUUUUCGUGUUUGGCUUCUGGGGUUUUGUUUUUGGGUCUGUUUCUUCUUUCUCUCUUCCGGUUCAGUGAACUCAGAAGGGUUUUUGAGAGGAAGGGUUCUGAUUGACGGAAAAUCCGCCAUUGGAGGUAUUGAUGAAGAUUUUGUUUGUGCUACGCUCGAUUGGUGGCCUCCUGAGAAAUGCGAUUACGGCACUUGCAGUUGGGGCCAAGCUUCUCUGUUGAAUCUAGACCUGGGCAACAACAUUCUAUUAAAUGCAGUCAAAGAAUUUAAACCCCUAAAGAUUAGAUUGGGUGGUAGUUUGCAAGAUAAGAUCAUAUAUGAUACUGAAGAUCACCAGCAGCCAUGCAUUUCUUUUUCAAGAAACGCCUCAGAGUUAUUUGGCUUCAGUCAAGGCUGUUUGCCUACUAACAGAUGGGACCAACUAAAUGACUUCUUCAAGAAAGGAGGUACUAAGAUUAUCUUCGGAUUAAAUGCUCUCAAUGGACGACAAAUUGCAGCAGAUGGGUCUGCUGUAGGAGCUUGGAAUUGCUCGAACGCUGAAAUGUUAAUACGUUAUACUGUCAAAAAGAACUACACCAUCCAUGGUUGGGAGCUUGGGAACGAAUUGAGUGGAAAUGGAGUUGGAACAAGAAUUUCAGCAGAACAGUAUGCUUCUGAUACAAUUGCUCUUCAGAACAUGGUCCAAAGUAUCUACAAGGGUAUCGAACCGAAACCGUUAAUCAUAGCACCUGGAGGAUUCUUUGAUGAAAAUUGGUUCAAAGAAUUCAUUGGCAAAACUACCCAAUCGCUAGACGUUGUCACACACCAUAUAUACAAUCUAGGACCAGGAGUUGAUGAGCAUCUUCUCGAAAGGAUUCUUGACCCGUCCUAUCUCGAUGGCAUGGUCAAUACGUUUAACAAGCUCCAUGAGAUCCUUGAAGACUCUCCAACUUCAGCUAAAGCAUGGGUUGGGGAAGCAGGAGGCGCUUACAACAGUGGGCAUAAUCUGGUUACAAAUGCAUUUGUCUUUAGUUUCUGGUACUUGGACCAGCUCGGUAUGGCGGCCACUUUCGAUACAAAAACAUACUGCAGGCAGACAUUGAUUGGUGGAAACUAUGGUUUACUGAACACGACAACCUUUGAACCAAAUCCAGACUAUUACAGUGCACUCCUAUGGCAUCGCUUGAUGGGAAGGAAUGUUCUGUCCACAAGCUUUAACGGGACAAAAAAAAUACGAGCCUAUGCACAUUGUUCUAAACAAUCCAAAGGAAUCACAUUACUAUUGCUCAACCUAGAUGGUGACACAACAGUUCAUGCUGGAAUUGCAUUCAAUAAAACCGGAGGGUUGCACCAUAAACACAGAUCCUAUAAGCAUAAAUCAAAGGUUGUUCGGAUACCUAGACCUCAUGGUCUCGAAGGCGAAGCCUUCAGAGAGGAAUAUCAUAUAACAGCAAGGGAUGGAAACCUGCAUAGUCAAACUGUGCUGCUAAAUGGAAAGAUUUUGUCUGUAAAUUCAUCAGGGAACAUACCUUCAUUGGAACCUCAGCAUGUAAAUUCAUCUGAACCAAUAAUGGUGGCUCCCUUUUCAAUUGUAUUCAUUCACAUACCAAAUAUUGUUCUCCCUGCAUGCAGAUAGGAUAGGUAGCAAUGUAUGGAACUGAAAAUCAGUUCCAGAUUGGUUGUUUUCCAAUAAGAGAACAAUUGUAAUAUUUGAUUCAUAUUUUUCAAGGUGAAAAAAAUGUAGAGCAA